CCAGUGUGGCUCGCUUCCCAAACGACACACCUCUGCGGAGCAGCUGGUAAAAAAUAAAGGCCGGUGCAUAUAGGAAUAGACACAAACUACACUCCUUUCUUCUCCUGCCGCAUCUACCAUUUCCACUUCAAAAAUUUCUUCUUAUCAAUUGUGUUUGAGACCUCCCAACUACCUCUCUCUCUCUCUCUCUCUCUCUCUCUCUCAGAGGACUUCAUCUCUUUCAAGCAUGGCUGCUCUAGUGAUUAUGGUGCUCAUGUUGGCUGUGAUUGGUGGAUCAGAUGCUGCUUGGUGUGUUUGCAGAUCUGACCAGGCCAGCCCUGCUCUCCAGAAGGCAUUGGACUAUGCUUGUGGAGCUGGGGCUGACUGCACUCCUAUUCAGCAAAAUGGGGCUUGCUACAAUCCUAACACUGUUCUUGCCCAUUGCUCAUAUGCUGCCAACAGCUACUACCAGAGAAAGGGGCAGGCACAGCAGGCUUGUGACUUUUCCGGCACUGCCUCUCUCACUUCAUCAGACCCAAGUUCCUCUGGUUGCACAUACCCUGCAAGUGCCAGCUCUGCAGGCACAAGUACUGCACCUACCACCGCCACCACCCCAAGCACCGCCACCCCAGGAACCACCACCCCAAGCACCGCCACCCCAGGAACCACCACCCCAAGCACCACCACCCCAGGAACCACCACCGGCGCCACACCCACCACCUUCAGCCCGCCCACCACCACCGGGACAGGAGGAGUUUUGGGAGGGCUGGGCCCCUCGGGAAACAGCAUAUCUACUGAUGGUAGCGCCGGUGGGUUCCCCUCAAAGGCUGGGACGAGCUCUCUCCUCCUUACCAUCAUAUUCUCAGGCAUGGUUUUGUUGAGGAUUUGAUCACAAGCUGCACUGGUGGUUAGAGCUUGAGCUUGGAUGACCAAAUCUUCUAGAGACAUUCCACCUCUAGAGUUUGUCUCUUUCCGUAGUGGCCAGCAGAAAGGAGUUUAGAUUCCAUUUGGGUAGGGUGGCUGGCUGGCUUUCUCCUCUUGAAACCUUUUCCUGUUUUCUUUUCUGUAAAUCCAUGGAGGCGGAGAUUAGUUAAUUGUCUUAGUAUAUGGUUUCACUUUAUCUGCUAGGGCUUAUAUGCUGUCACCAAUGAGUACAUGUUUUACUGGAUACUGCUAUUUCCAUAUGUUUUACUAUAUAUUAGUGCCUGGACGGUAGUCUUAUUCUCUUUGA